GUAUAAGAGCAAAUAAAUAAGUUGCAAAGAAAAUCCUUGUUCGUACACACAGUAGCACAAAAGACAUGAACCUGCUUUCUCAGGAAACAGGCACCAGCAAAUUGGACGACAGAAAAGCAGUAGCAGGAGCAGGAAGAUAUUUGACAAGUCCCUUUCAAAUGCAUAAACUCCAGUUGGGUUCCAUGCAUUUUUAUCAAAGUUUCUAGAUCUUCUUCUUGCUUGCUACUAUAGCAAUGGAGUCUUCCCAAGUUUUUGGAGCUGCAGAAGAAUGUCACAGCAGUGAAUCUGGGUGGACAAUGUAUAUUGGCUCCCCCAUAUAUGGUGAUGAUGAUGAUGGAAGUGGUGAUAACGGGGACAGUGAUGAUGAAAAUGAUGGGGAUGGCGAUAAUGAUGAUGAUGAUGAUGAAAAUGAUGCUAAUCAUGAUGAUGAUAGUGAUGAUUCAAUGGCUUCUGAUGCUUCUUCUGGCCCAAGUCAUCAAGGACAUCCAUGUGGGAGCGGAAAGGGUGGACAUGGCUUGGCUGCUUUCAAGCAAGAGGACGAGGAAAAUUAUCACAACUAUCGCUUGGACAAGAAAGCCAACAAACAACAACAAAAGGAGAAACAGAUCAGAGCCCAAAAGAUGAAGGAAGAAAAGGAAGAGAAGCUGUUGAGGGCAAAAAUAGCUAAUGCUUCAGCUCAGAGUACUGGUGCAAAGGUAAGAAAAAAAUUCUGGAUGUGAGAAAGGAAAUGAAUGUUUUCUCGACUUCUUGAGCUUGUUUCGUAGGUCAUGAGAGUAGCAUGAGCUGAAGAGUAUCAAAUUCAGCUACAACUAGGAUAUCACCAUGUUUCUAUUUUUAAAGCUUAUUUAGUACUAAGAAUUAAUCGAGGACUACUAAAAUGUUUGUCGUAUAGACAGCAGCAUGAAUGGAUGUAUAAGAAUAAUUCUUAUGAAUGUCUUAAUAUGGGUUUAAUACCCAGCUAUAUGCACCA